GCGCUCCUUCUCCCACUGUCCUCUCUCUCUCUCUCUCUCUCUGCGAAAACCAGAAAAAAGAGGUAAAAACAAAAGAAAACGCUUUCAUUUCUCUGCUUCUAGCGAUGGAAUCCGCCAUGGAAUCUCAGGCUGCGCCACCACCUGAAUCGGAAGACCCUCAGAACGCUGAGACAGAGGACGAUGUCUUGUUGUCCAAGGCCCAAAAGCUGAUGGCCAAGAUCACCUCUUCUCCCGCAAACCCUAACCCUAACGUCCUACACUCUCUCGCUUCCAUGCUUGAGACCCAAGAAUCCAGAUACGUGCAGGAUUUGGGUCAGUCCUCUUUCAAUAAUGGUCGUGCUUCUCAUAAUAUCGGAAAGCUGGGGAGCGCAGUCAGGGAAAAUGAUGAGUUCUUUGAGUUGAUAUCAUCUAAAUUUUUAUCAGAAAGUAGAUACUCUGUUAGUGUCCGUUCAGCUGCUGCGAGGGUGCUUCUCAGCUGUUCUACAACCUGGAUGUAUCCACAUGUUUUUGAAGAUGCGGUGCUGGAGAAUAUCAAACAAUGGGUGAUGGAUGAUGCGGCAAGAGUUUCUGGUGAUGAAUGCAAUGGAAAGCUCAAGUUGAGGAGAAAUAAGUCCUUCGAUUCUGACAUGUUUAGGACCUAUGCUACUGGACUUCUUGCUUUAGCCUUGGAUGGAGGUGGUCAAGUGGUGGAAGAUGUGUUGACAUCAGGUCUAUCAGCCAAGCUUAUGCGUUAUCUUCGCACGCGGGUCCUUGGGGAGACGAAUACGAGUCAAAAAGAUAUUAGCUAUCUAUCGGAGUCUAAGCAUGCUUCUGGUCCUACGUGUGUAAGGAGUCGAGAAGAAAGUAGAAGCAGGUUCCGGCAGGUUCUGGAUGCAACCCACGUGGACGGUCCAAGGACUGGAGAUGAUGGGGUUUUAGACGAUCAUAAUGCCGAAAGAGAUCAUGAUAGAAGUAUUAGUAUCAGGCAGGUGCGUGGAGAAGAGUGCUGGGUAGAUGGUGAAGAGUCAUUAAAAUCUCGAGAAUUUGCUGAUGGUUCAACAGAAGUGGUUGGUAUGUAUGAGGUUGAUGGGGAGGAUGUUGACUUGAUUGGUGAGGACAGAGGGGUUGGUGAUUUGCGUGAUGGAAAGGCAAAAGUUGGUGACAGGUUUGGGAUGAACAGGCCCAUGAGAGAUGAAGAUGCUGAUGAAAAUGUAAGAGACGAGUCUACAAGGCGCAGGGCAAUCCGAGGAUGGGCAAGGAUGAGAGGGAAGGGAAGGAUUCAUGAAGGCGUAGCAGAAAAUGAAAGGACUCUUGCCUCUCCGGGAACUGGGCUACGUUCAGGAGGACAGGGACGGAGCAUCCGGGACAGAAACCUAUCGAAAAAUGCAGACAUAAAAAGAUUACCGGAUGCAAAGAAGUACCCAAGUGGGACUGCUGAUGAUGUUUCUGCCAUAGAAAGAGAGGACAACGAUGACCGCUUCAUAGAAUGUAAAGUUGGAACAAAGGACAUCUCAGACCUGGUAAAGAAAGCAACAAGAGCUGCUGAAGCCGAAGCUAGAGCAGCCAAUGCACCUGCUGAGGCAAUCAAAGCAGCUGGCGAUGCUGCUGCUGAACUUGUUAAGACUGCUGCUUUAGAGGCGUUGAAAAAUACAAAUGAUGAAGAAGCUGCUGUUUUGGCUGCUUCUGAAGCUGCUUCUACUGUUGUCGAUGCUGCUAUGGCUAUUGAGGUCUCAAGGAGCUCCAAAGAUGUCAAUGCGGAUUCGUCAAGUUCGAAGGCCUUCGAACCCGAAGUAGAUGAGGAGUUGGAAGAAUUUUUUGUAUUAGAUGAUGAAUCUCUUGCACAGCUGAGAGAGAAAUACUGCAUCCAGUGCCUUGUAAUUCUAGGGGAAUAUGUUGAAGUUCUAGGUCCUGUUCUGCAUGAAAAAGGCGUGGAUGUCUGUCUCGCUUUACUGCAGCGAAGUUCUAAGCAGAAAGAGUCAUCAGAAACCUUUAUACUUCUGCCUGAUGUGCUGAAACUAAUUUGUGCUUUAGCUGCUCACCGGAAAUUUGCUGCGUUAUUUGUGGACCGGGGUGGCAUGCAAAAAUUUCUUGCUGUUCAAAGAGACUCUCAGACCUUCUUUGGUCUUUCUUCAUGCUUACUUACCAUUGGUUCUCUUCAGGGGAUCAUGGAACGUGUAUGUGCUCUUCCUUCAGAUGUUGUCCACCAGGUUGUUGAGUUGGCUCUUCAACUCCUGGAGUGCCCCCAAGAUCCAGCCAGAAAAAAUGCAGCCAUAUUUUUUGCAUCUGCAUUUGUCUUCAGAGCAGUCCUGGACUCUUUUGAUGCACAGGAUGGUUUACAGAAAAUGCUGAACCUUUUACAUGGUGCAGCUUCUGUCAGAUCAGGCAGUAAUUCUGGAACAUUGGGCCCAUCUAACCUGGGAUCACUUCGAAAUGAUCGAUCGCCUGCGGAAGUGCUGACAGCAUCAGAGAAGCAGAUAGCUUACCAUACCUGUGUUGCACUACGCCAAUAUUUCAGAGCCCAUCUUCUCUUGCUUGUUGAUUCUCUUCGUCCUAACAAAAGCAAUCGAAGCGGAGCCCGUAAUGUCUCUAGCGCAAGGGCUGCCUAUAAGCCACUCGACAUCAGCAAUGAGGCUAUGGAAGCUGUAUUUGUUCAGAUACAGCGAGACAGAAAGCUUGGACCUUUAUUUGUGAGAGCUCGUUGGCCUGCAGUCGACAAGUUCUUAGCCUCCAAUGGACAUAUCAUUAUGUUGGAGUUGUGUCAAGCCCCACCCGAUGAGCGUUACUUGCAUGACUUGGCCCAAUAUGCAUUGGGUGUCCUGCAUAUAGUUACAUUGUUUCCUUCCAGCCGCAAGCUAAUUGUGAAUGCCACGUUGAGCAACGAACGUGUGGGGAUGGCAGUUAUUUUGGAUGCAGCCAAUGGUGCUGGCUAUGUGGAUCCUGAGGUGAUUCAUCCUGCACUGAAUGUUUUAGCUAAUCUUGUUUGCCCUCCUCCUUCGAUCAGUAACAAACCUCCUGUGCUUGCACAAGGUCAGCAAUCUGUAUCAGUUCAGACCUUAAAUGGUCAUGCUACAGAUAACAGAGAAAGGAAUGCUGACAGAAAUAUUUCAGAUCGAAAUGCUUCCUUGCCCACUCAGAAUGAGUCAAGGGAGCGAAAUGGGGAACCUAGUGGAGUGGAACGGGGCAGUUCAGUGGUGCCUGCUGUAGGCAAUAGUUCACAGACUGCUGUGCCUACUAUUGCUCCUGCAGUAGUUGGAGAUCGGAGGAUAUCUUUAGGUCCUGGAGCAGGUUGUGCCGGCCUUGCUGCACAGCUAGAACAAGGAUAUCGCCAAGCAAGGGAUGCUGUGCGUGCCAACAAUGGUAUAAAGGUUCUUUUGCAUCUUCUCCAUCCUAGGAUAUUUACACCUCCAGCUUCUCUCGACUGCCUACGCGCUCUAGCAUGCCGAGUCCUGCUUGGUUUAGCCAGAGACAAUACAAUUGCACACAUAUUAACAAAGCUUCAGGUGGGAAAGAAGCUAUCGGAACUUAUUCGAGAUUCAGGCUCCCAGGUGUCAGGAACUGAGCAGGGAAGAUGGCAAGCUGAGCUGGCCCAAGUGGCUAUCGAGCUAAUUGCGAUCGUAACCAAUUCAGGGCGUGCAAGUACAUUAGCAGCCACUGAUGCUGCUGCUCCUACAUUAAGGCGCAUAGAAAGAGCUGCAAUAGCUGCAGCCACUCCUAUAUCUUAUCACUCCAGGGAGCUGUUACUCCUUAUACAUGAACAUCUCCAGGCUUCCGGCUUGACCACCACUGCUACUUCACUACUAAAGGAGGCUCAGCUGACACCUUUGCCAUCCUUAGCUUCACCGCACCCUCUCCCCUACCAAGCUUCUGUCCAAGAAACAUCGUCACUACAAAUCCAGUGGCCAUCAGGCCGUGCUCCCUGUGAGUUUCUUUCUGAUGCAUCAAAGAUAACACCACGGGAUGAGAACACCAAUGUGAGGAAUGAUUUAACUGUUUCUUGUUCAAAGAAGAAGCCAUUGGUGUUCUCGUCUAGUGUCAGCUCUCAGGGAAAAAGCCAGCUAUCAUCUCAGCCAUCAUCAGUUGUCAAGCUCUCCAGUGCUUCAAAAAAUCCAUCUGCAGCUGUGGGGACAUCAGAAAAUCCAGCAUCGUCUGUUUUCAGACCUAAUUCAGAUACCGAUCUCCCAUUUAAGACUCCCAUAGUGUUGCCCCUGAAAAGGAAGCUAAUGGAUAGGGACAAUGGGUGUGCAUCACCAGUUUCCAUGAAGCGACUAGCCACAGCUGAUGUUGGAUUUCAGUCACCUGUCUGCCAGACACCCAAUACUGCCCGUAAAAGCAGUCAACCAAUGGAUGGUGUUGGAAUUUCUGUGACUCCAAGUUCAAAUUUACGGGAUCCAUUUGGGAGGUCAACUCCGUGUUGCAUUCUUGUAGAUAACUUGGAUGAUGUGCAAUACAAUAGCACUCCUGGGGGUCAAAUGACUCCCUCUGCCUUCCAACUUGGUCUUGUAGCUGAUCCACAAGCUGGAAACAUAGAGCGAGUAACACUUGAUUCAUUAGUGGUGCAGUAUUUGAAGCACCAGCAUCGCCAGUGCCCAGCUCCUAUAACCACUCUGCCGCCGCUCUCCCUUUUGCAUCCACAUGUCUGCCCAGAACCAAGCCGGAACUUCGAUGCACCUACAAAUGUAACUUCUCGGCUGAGCAUGCGGGAGUUCAGGAACCUGUAUGGUGGGAUCCGUGGCCACCGCAAGGAUCGUCAGUUUGUCUACAGCAGAUUCAGGCCAUGGCGUACUUGCCGUGAUGAUGUUGCGCCCUUGUCGUGCAUUACUUUUCUUGGAGACUUCACCCGGAUUGCGACGGGGAGCCAUUCUGGAGAACUUAAGAUAUUCGAUUCAAACAGCGGGAAUGUGCUGGAGAACCAUUCAUGCUGCCAGUCGCCGAUUACACUUCUUCAGUCAGCCCUGUCUGGUGACACACAGCUGUUGCUCUCUUCAGGUGCCCAUGAUGUGCGGCUGUGGGAUGCAUAUUCUGUCUCAGGUGGGCCCAUGCAUUCAUUCGAACGGUGCAAGUCUGCACGAUUCAGCCACUCAGGGGCCAUGUUUGCAGCCCUGUCAGCGGAGGCUGAACCAUCUCGCCGUGAAGUCCUACUGUAUGAUAUCCAGACCUGCAAUCUGGAACUGAAACUCUCGGAUACCUCCACUACACCAGCAGGGACGGUUCGUGGGCAUGCACAAUCACUUAUACAUUUUAGUCCUUCAGACACAAUGCUUCUCUGGAAUGGUGUCUUAUGGGAUCGAAGGGUUUCUCGUUCUGUCCACCGUUUUGACCAGUUCACAGACUAUGGGGGUGGUGGCUUUCAUCCUGCUGGGAAUGAGGCUCUGGAACCAGCCAUUGCAGAGGUUCACAUCAGUGUUGCAUAAUGUAUGUCUGCGAAAGUAGGACAUACUAUAUUUAGCUUACUGGAGCAGCAUAUUAUCUUAGUGAAAGGAAUUACAAGGCCCUCUGACACAUCACUCACACGCAUGCACACACACACACACACAAAACCUGAAAGGUCCUGCUUCAUCAGAAUGUAAUAGUGUCCUGAUGUGCUAUUUUGUACAUUUAGGGCCAAUGGUUCGGGCAUCCUGACUGUUGACCCGAAGGAAACUUCAGUUGAUGGGUGAUGCCCAAAUAUUACCUGAUUAGAUGAUCUUCCCUGGUGGACCAGUGGCCUAAAAAUAAAGGUUUAGGGAGAAAACAUAGCAAUGGUCUAAACUAACUGUCAUUGGUACUGGAUAGAUAGAAUCAUCCAAGCUGGAGCAUUUUUGAGACGUCCUCAUCAACGGUUGGGCGAUUCAUAUAAACAGUCUGAAUCACCAAAAUAUGGACCCUGCUUAUGCAAAAUGGAAGCAUGAGGAGAUUCAAGACCCUAUCCAUGCUCACAUGCAUGGGGUCCUUGAGGGAAUGUGUGGAUACACGGAAUCCAAGGCAAAAAAAGAGAGGAAAAAAUAAUUAAUGCAGUGAUUUCUUUGAGAACGAUUGAAAAAUGGAUUCCCAAUUUGAGUUCUUGCUCGGAUGGCAAGUGGAAAUCUAAUAUUCCUCUCACAAAACUCACCCAGUUCCUUGUGCCAAGAAUCCAAAUUAUGGAAAAGUGUAAUAAUUGCUUGGUAGAAUCCUUUUUCUUUGUUAUCCAAACAACACAAAUUGCCACAUCAAAGGAAAAACUCUUUUCCUUUUCCAUAGUUUGGCAUGGAAUCCAUAAUUUCCAAACACGGCCUAAAAUUCCUCUUCUAUUGAGAGUCAACAGCUUCAAAGAAAUUUAUUUUAGUAUUUUCUAAAGGGGCUAAACUGGUAUUUUUCACUCUCACUUAACAGCGACUUGCACAUGAAAAUUUGUGAUCUGAAGUGAUCAGUUUGGCUGAUCCUUAUAUGGACCUUACCAAAAAUUUCACACUCAUUUGACCAUACUAAUUCUUUUGGAGGACUUCUACGGAAGGAAAGUAGAUGGUCAUAAAAAGUCAACCAAGGACCUUGAUAUUCCACUUCUUUCCUAAUGACCCCUCCUACCCUAGGGAUAGGAUUUUCCAACUGGGACAUUCCCAUCCAAGGUAGGUGCCUUCAUGACGAUCCAUUUGUUCGAUCUGGUACACUUUCUCCACGCGUUCAAAAAACUGAAUCCCUCAUUAGCUGAUCACCAAGAAAGUCUCCAACAUUCUAGGGUUUUCCCCCAAAGGUGAGUACUGAAUCUGCAAGUGAAUAUUCCUUCUACUAUGAAAUCUGGAUUGUGGAGUAUUUUUUUUUAAUUAUUGGUAGAUUGCAGGAUCUUCUUUAUGGAAAUCUAAUGAAAUAGGUGAUAAUUUUUAGUAAGUGAUCUCGACUGUAUUGGCUGACCCCAAUUAGUUGGAUAAGACUUAGAUGAUGAUGAUGAUUAUGAUCAUGAAUGCAUUGCACCAUUUUUCUUCCAAGUUCUGAUGAACAAAAGAAAGGACUAAAGCUACUGAAGUGGACAUGAUGGUAGACACACACAUGAUUUGUGCUUGAGGUGUCAUGUGUGUAUGACAUCUAGCCAGCAGAAAUCCGGGCCCAACCUAGGUGACUUCCAUAUUAAGUGGGCUUCUACCAUGAUUCAGUGUCCCAAUUUUCUCUUGUUGUUUGACGGCAUGGCUCUGAGUCCUUGGAAAUUAAAAUUUCACAUUCCAGGAAUUGGAGAUCUGUCUUCCAAGAGGAGAGUUGUAUUUUCUAAUUUUUUGAGGGAUGUGAAGCGUCAACAAAGCCGAUUUUCUUACAAACGAGGGAGGGGUGCAAUUCUGGAUUUGGUUCCUUGGUUCUUUUCCCUUUGUUGUGGCUUUGUUUUCCUUCUAUUGAUAAAAUUUCGGUUAUCGUUAGCCAAAAAAAAAAAAGAGUGCUGGUCCACACCAGAAGAUCACCUGGCACAAAAUAAGCUCAUCCAUUCAUCAUGUGGGCUGCCCCACAAGAAAACAAUACGGCUCUGCCUGGAAGUACACGUGUGGCUGCCUGAUGAAUGGAUCAACCUGAUUUAUGCAUGGGGAUCCUCUUGGACAUGUUGGAUGUUGUUGAUGCGACGUUUUGACAUUAACACACACAUCUCACACUGUUUAGUUUGUAAAUGCAUAUAGAAAAAUGUAUUACAUCUGAACUAUAUAAAUAGCAUAUAAAUGCCUAUUAAAAGCAGUAGAAAUACGAAAUGUAGCUAUAUAACAUUCAAUUGUUAAACACAAGUUAUAGUUUAUUUGACAUUUGGGGUUUUAUUAAUCACUAUUUCAAACAAGUGAAAAUAUCUUAUUAGAGGGAAGAUGAGCGUUGUUCCUCAUUUGGUAUGUCCACUAGAUUUUGAAAUGAUAAUCAUGUUUCUGUAACUGACCUUUGUUGGUUCUUGGUCUGGUCUAAGGGCCUGUUUGGAUGUAACCCAAAAAAGGGACGGCAACACUUACUACAUCCUUCCAUGUUAACAACUGGUGGUGGUUAUCAUCAUAUUUCUCAUUUGGGGAAAAGGACUGUCACACCCACAUUUUUGGGACGUUCCACACAGGUCCUAAAUAUCAACGAAUACAAGUAUUUCAUUCAUGCAAUUUUCUGCCUGGAAGUGAGAUGCCAGCAGGACCCAAGCCCCAAAAAGUAAGGUUGAUAUCAGGUGGCCUGUUGGUCCAACACUUUGCCCCAGCAAUAUGAGAAAUCCUGUUCCUCUCUUCUUCCAAGAUAGGACAUCCCUGGAAGCAGGCCUGGACCUCGGAUGGGAAGGAGUGAUUGGUAGAGUUUGAUUGUCAAGCCAUUCCCCAAUAGCUGGGACAGAUGAGGAUGAUGUAGAAGAGGCUGUUCAAAAUGUGCACCGAGAGUUGUUGUCCACAGUAUCGACUGGCAUUGUGGGUGACAAUGUUAACCAAACUGUGCGAAAAUUCACAUAAUGAAUUGCUUGCAGAACUGAAUAAUGCUGGGCGGGAAUCUUAAAACAUUUUGAAAUUGCCAUUUGAAAAUUUGCAUUUUGAAA